AACGAAGAAGAAACCUAUCCAUCACAGGCUAACUGCUGCUACUUAGCAGUCAACAUAAACAGUGGUACAUCUCUGGUGAUACUGGAUUAUUUUAUUGUUUUAGUCUUAUUUUUCAUUCCAGUUUUACUGGAAAGUUGCUACCCAAUGCGGUGACGUAUAGUCAACAUGUUUGUUUGGACCGUGGUUUUACCGAGGCCUUGAUGUUGUCCUGCUAACAGAUGCCAAUGAUUCAGCUGGAGAAGCCGGUGCUGACAGGUACCAUGCCGGUGGUGUGGCCCACCAUCCUUGACCUGGGCAGAGAUGAGUGCAAAAGAGUCCUCCGUAAACUGGAGCUGGAGGCGUAUGCUGGGGUCAUCAGCGCUCUGCGUGCUCAAGGAGACCUGACAAAGGAUAAGAAGGAUCUGCUGGCAGAGCUCACUAAAAUCCUUGGCAUCUCAACGGAGCGCCAUCGUGCAGAAGUCCGCAGGGCUGUCAAUGAUGAACGCCUCACCACCAUCGCGUAUCACAUGUCUGGUCCCAACAGCUCGUCUGAAUGGUCCAUUGAAGGACGCCGGCUCGUUCCUUUGAUGCCGAGGCUGGUCCCUCAGACGGCUUUCACUGUCGCUGCUAACGCUGUGGCCAACGCCACAGCCAAUCAGAAUGCUUCCCUUCUUCUGCCAGCUGAAACGGGAAACAAAGAAGUUGUUGUAUGUUACUCCUACACAAGCACAACCUCCACUUCUACCAGUGCUACAGCAUCGAGCGGUCCCAUAGGAGCCACAGUGAAAUCUCCACGACCCGCCAGCCCUUCAUCCAACGUGGUGGUGCUGCCCAGUGGGAGCACCGUCUACGUGAAGAGUGUUAGUUGUUCUGAUGAAGACGAGAAGCCUCGCAAGCGAAGACGCACAAACUCGUCCAGCUCGUCUCCGGUGAUGCUGAAGGAGGUUUCCAAGGUGUCCCCGCCUGUAUCCAAGAACAUCACCCUUCCUAUGAGUGGCAGCCCCAAGAUGAGCAACAUCAUGCAGAGCAUCGCCAACUCUCUGCCGCCUCACCUGUCCCCCGUCAAGAUCACCUUCACCAAGCCCGCCAUCCAGACCACCAGCACCACCACUCAGAAGGUGAUCAUCGUAACGACAUCCCCCAGCUCCAACUUUGUGCCCAACAUCUUGUCCAAGUCUCACGCCCACAACAAUGCCACCAUGUCCAAGCUGGGCUCCACCUCCAUGCUGACCACGCCCACCCAGAAACAGACGGUGGUCUUCCCAGCCAGCCCCUCCCCCAACACCAUCGCUGUGACCACUGUGGUAUCGUCCACGCCGUCAGUGGUCAUGUCAACUGUGGCUUCAUGUGCAGCCUCAGCUGGAGUGAAGGUUGCAUCAGCCAGACUUCCUUCACCCAAGACCCUGGUUGGCUCCCCGACUCAGAUCCUGGCUCAGUUCCCCAAGCAGCAGUCCCCCAAACAGCUACAGCAGAGCUCACCUUUAGGAGCUUCCAGUUUGGGUCAGUCCCAGACCACCACGACCCCACCAGGAGCCAAACCCACCAUUCAGAUCAAACAGGAGUCUGGGGUGAAGAUUAUCACUCAGCAGGUACAGCCCAGUAAAAUCCUGCCUAAGCCUUCAUCAGUGGCUCUGUCCACCAGCAACUCUUCACCAAUCAUGGUCGUCAGUAGCAACGGCACCAUCAUGACCACCAAGCUGGUCACUCAGCCGACAGCUACUCAAGCCACGUACACAAGACCCACUGUGAGUCCCGGCAUCGGUGCUAGAAUAUCAGCCUCCAGCAGCGGCGCCACCUAUGUCAAGACCACCAGUGGCAGCAUCAUCACUGUGGUCCCCAAGUCUCUGGCCACUCUGGGAGGGAAGAUCAUCAGCAGCAACAUUGUGUCUGGCACAACAACGAAGAUCACCACGAUCCCCAUGACGUCUAAGCCCAAUGUCAUCGUAGUGCAAAAAACCACAGGCAAAGGAGCUACCAUCCAAGGCCUGCCGGGCAAGAAUGUGGUCACCACGCUUCUAAACGCUGGGGGUGAGAAGAGCCUGCAGGCUGUUCAGGGGACCAAACCAGCCAUCAUCACCGCCUCCAGGCCCAUAACCAAGAUGAUCGUCACCCAGCCUAAAGGCAUGAGCUGCGGAUCCCAGUCCACCGCCACCAAGAUCAUCCCAACCAAGAUCGUUUACGGCCAGCAGGGCAAGACACAGGUUCUCAUCAAGCCUAAGCCCGUCUUUCAAACGGCGGUUGUGAGCGAACAGACGAGGCAGCUGGUCACCGAGACGCUGCAGCAGGUGACCCGCUCUGCAGAGAUCAGUCUGGUUCAAACCUCGAGCCAGGAUGGGUCAACAAAGGACGAGACCAGCAGCGUCACUGAGGCAAGCAGCGUACCCAGCGAGGUCUCCCAAGGCAGCACCCAAGAGUUGCAGCCUGUAGUGCACAUGGUGUCCUCCAGAGAGCAGGAUUGGGCCGAACAGGAAGUAGCUGUGGAGUCCACCCCUACUAUCAUUUACCAGGAGGUGACUGGUGGGGAAUCCCAGUCUGCUACCUCCACCAUCAAAGCUUUUUUAGAGCUUCAGCAGACAGUGAAGGAAAAGACAGAGUCCAAACCCAGGCAGCAUACUAUCGACCUCAGCCAGAUGGUUGUGCCCAUCCAACUGACCCAAGAGAAGAAGCCCACCCCAGAGUCUCCCAGACCCUCCACCUCAGAGGCUGAGCCCAGCACUGAGCACAUCACAGCAGGUAAAGCCAGCAGAGUGGGAGAGUCCUCAGAGGAUGACGUGGUCAUGUCCUCCAGUCAGCCGCUGGGGAAGCCUUACAAAAGCAGCAGCCAGGUUACCGUGGUAACCAAACCAGUUGCUGUCUCCUCUGCGGCCGCAGCGUUGCACAUGCCCUCAGAGAGUCAGAGUAAAGCUGAGACAGUGUUGGAGGUGGGCGAGCUGGAAGGUGACACCUUGGACCCUCAGACCGGCUUGUUCUACCGAUCCAGCCAACCAGCUUCAGACCCCGUCAAGCAGACCGCAUCAGCUCAGCCGCCGCUCUCCAGCCAGGCGGAGGCUGGGCAGAGCCUGCAAAGCUCCACCCCCAUCCAGCCACCGCUGCCCCUGCCACAGCUGCAGAGCAAACCUCAGAUCAGCCAGCCUUCCUCUUCCACCUCCACUCCUCCUCUGGCGAAGAAAAUCCCUAAACUACGAGAGCCUACUCAGUCCAAACCCCAGGCCUUAACCCAGAGCCCCAAGGACAGACCCCCACCGGCCCCGGCCCCAGCAAAGAUUGCAUCGCCUACCACACCAACAAAGUCUCCGGUGACACCACAGCUUCCAAAGCUCCAGCAAGCCCCCACCUCCCAUCACAGACCCCUGCACACACCCAUGUCCCACCCUCCUCCGCUUCAGGCUCACCACCCCAUCAGCAGUGAGAAGACGUCCAGUCAGCAGCCAAUCAUCACGCAGAGUGCUACCGUCACCAAGAUUACCUUUGGCAGCCCCCACCACUCAUCACCGGUCUUCAGCAGUGGCGAGGCAGUUGCCAAGCUGAUUCCAGAGUCCAGCUCGUGGCCCUCAGGAGACAAGCCCUCUGUGUCGGACAUCCUGAAGAUUUCCAUGAUGGAGGCGGAGAUUGAUCCGAGCACGGAGCCUAUGGUGGUGGAUUCCUCCAGUGACUGCGGCCCACUGGGGAAAACGCUGGAGGUCCAGACAGUGUCGGGCACUCUGGACUCGGGCCAGUUCAUCAGCAGCUCGAGGGCUGGCAUGCACCAUACCAAGUCCCAGCCUUUCAGCUGCAUGCAGGGCCUCACAGCUCAGAGGAACAAAGACGACCUGGAAGUCAUUGAGGUGAUCCCUCAGUAUUCCAUCCUGCCGGACUCCAGCCAGUCCAACGUGGUGGUGGAGCCCAGCGGCUUCCUGGAGAUCACCAACUACACCAGCCAGCAGCUGGAGGAGGACAGCCCCAUGGAUCAGGAGGUGGACAGCAGCAAUGACGAGGCUGCAGCUGCCAGCCCCCUCGACCAGCCGUAGUCGCCCCACCCAGGGGGCGUGGCACUUUUUCACUUUGAACCAGCAGACGGAUGAUUUGUUUGGGGGCCUCAGACCCAGCAGACAAAGACUCGCUGGAUUUUUUUCUUCUGUGUGAAACAUUAGUUUCUUUUCCUUCCUACAACCAAUGGCGCAUGUGGUUUUUAUUGCCUAAUGUGGGAGCGAGGUGAAAGGAUUAGUUUGAGUCCAGACAGUUGGGCAGCAGCCUCUCCAAACAUCCAACGUUCCAGUGUUCAGCUCAGCUCCUCAAUGAACAACAUUUACACUCAUGUUGCUGAGUAUUUGGGAUUACUUGGGUCCACGUUACGUCAUUUUAUAAAAUGUACUCUACAUUUGUGUUGAUGGCUGUCCAGAGUGAUUCUCCUGUUAAUGGACAGCCUGUUUCAGCAGAUAAAGACUUAAUCUGUAACAGCAAACUCUCCAGCACUUCAGGGGGUUAAAGUUUUCAGAAGAUGGAGCAAAGCUGGGGCAGAUCUAAUUUUCUGUUAGGAACAUAAAAUAAAAAUGAGAAGAGAGUCCUGGAGUUUGGAUUCAGUCCAACACAAGUCACUGCCAAGUGUAAUGUUAAGAAAAAAGAAAACAAAUUACGAAAUCUACAUUUUUUUGUUGUUGUAAGAUAUAUUCUGGAGUUUAAAAAAAAACUGAGAAUUUCUAGAAAUAUGCAUUUGUUUUUGCAUAGUGUGUUUAAACUGCAGUUCUUUUCUACCUUUUCAAACUAGACAACUAGUUUAAAGACAUCAUUUAAUCUGCACAAUAAAUCAGCUCAGUAGGA